AUGAUCUUCUCUCCAGAAUUAUCUCCGAAAAAGAUGAGAUUGAAUAUCCUACCGACCAGUAUGGCUUUGGCCUCGCAAGCCAUGGCUACACUCUCUAAGUCGGGGCUGCAAAAGCGCUAUCCAACAGGAUCCUUCUCCAUUCUUGCAUACGGUGUCGCUCCUGAGGGAGACUCGCAUAUGUCGGCGAUUCUUCCCAUUGUCUUCAAAAAUUCCCAAAUUAUCGCCACGGCCACCAACAAGGAUUACACCUUUGAUGCUGACACGUUCUUCUACAUCCGUCCCACACCCAAUAAGGUGUUACCUGUGGGUUUCACUGGGAAUGAUGUCGAUACACCAGACGAUGCGAAGUUAGAUCAAUUUCUUUUCUACGGCAGGUAUCUCAUGUGGCAGAAUGAGAAUGGCCUCCUGUAUGAUUCGUUCCGUCUGAAGGAUACAGCUGUCGACAAUAUUUACCAGCUCUACUGGGACACUUCGGACCUUUAUCCCCCCGGCUUCUUGAUUCCGACUGUAAAGUCAUCUGUUUAA